AUGGUUCCCGAGGAAAGUAUUGGACGUCGUUCGCUCAUCAUCAACAACAACGACAACAACACCACACGCUGCAACCAGAAAACCCCGACUCAGCUGCAACCACAGCACCGUCCUGGAAACACCCCCCAGUGUUGCCCCACCAACUCGACUCUGUCUAGUGUCAACACAACCGCUGCAACUCCCGUUCCCCUCAUCAGCCGCUAUGGAAGACUCCUCGGGUUCUGGCUCUCCGCUAGCUCAAGGUCCCGUUCCAUAGUGUCCAAUUCCGGUGUCACGGGCCACACAAAUGUCCAUGCCAGACUGCCUUCAAACAUUCCACAGUACAACCAGGACACUCAUCCCCUGACCGAUCCUUCUCUCCUAGCAUUGACCCAGCAGCAGAUUCAAGAGAAUCAACCCCCCAUUGACACUGCACUAUUGGGAUCACCAUCUAUGCUUUCUCCCAGCACAUCAUUCCCCAUCGACCCAGCUCUUGGUGGUGUACCGGAACCUUCUCCUUCCCCUGCCGUUGGCCCAACUUCCACACCCGUUCCGGAAAUGCUCAGCCUCAACCAGGAAGUGCAACCAAAGGAGGAGGAUACUCGCGAGUUUGAGACUGUAAUGGGCGAAGAGGAGAAUCCUGGCCCCUCAUCAGGCCGGAAUUCAAAGAGAACAUCUGCAGUUGUUGAAGAUAACGAUGCAGAACUUCGUCGACUAGCUGAAGAGACUCGAAUGGUGCCUUUAGAUGAGCUUGCUCGGAGGGUCCGGAAUGAUGAGAAUUCGCCUUCAGCGGAAAAGACAAGACAGGUUUAUGGAUUAGGAUGGCUGCAAAAGAAUUGCGAGAGAGUCCCAGACGCCUCUGUCGCUAAAUUAAGACUCGCAGACUUGGUGUUCGCGGACAAUCCAAGUACCACUAUUGUGGUAUUCGCCUCGCUGGCGAGCAGUCAUCCCCUAAAGUCUCGCAAGGUUCAGGUUCCGCAUCAGGAUCGGAACCACCCGCGCAAGCGGCUGGGGAUGAUCAUCUGCAAAAUGAGUAAUGGCUCAGCUCAGCCCUUCAGUAACUCUUUUCAAACUUCAAUAGAAAACAACAUCGAAAAUUCGUCAUUCUACAAAACUUCGAGCGUCUCCACUGAAUAUCCCAUAUCUUCAUUCCUCCAUCAAGAAUUAUUCUUUUCCCGUAACGAAUCUGACCAUCUUUCGACCCCAAAUGAAAUCCUCAAACUACCAAACAUCGAUCUCUAUGCCCCCCUAGGCACAGACCCAGAUAUCGCAGCUACUUUAACUGCUAUAUACAGAUCCCAUUGCACUUCCCUCGUAGAAUGCGUACGCUAUAUGCGAUUAAAACAAUUCCAUCAGCUGUUUAUAUCUUUUCAUGGCACCCUCACAGCUCCUGUCCAAAAACUUUUGGGUGAACCCUCAUUGGCUCUUUGGAUUCGAGAGUCUGACUGGGUCAUGUACAAGGAAAUGAUACGGUUACUUUCUCCUUUAGCUUUACAAGUCGUGCCACCCUUUGUUGUAACAGCCCUUCGGCACCUCUCAACAAAUCUUACCGCCCAUAUUAUGACAACAUUCUCCGUUCAACCUCCGCAUGUCGUCCAGGCAAAACUAAUACCAUCCAGUAUUUUUUCAAGUCUCUUAGAUCGCUUAUUGAGAGUAAACGAUGCUGCGCAUGCAGCGGCUAGAUUUCUCGGUAAUCCCCCAGACCGAGGGCAAAUGAUAAAAGACUGGAAAGAAUUCGUGAACGCCCAAACAAUUGUGGAUAGAGAACUUCCGUGUGGUGCAAUGUCUGUCGUGGAAAUUUUACAUAACGAGGUUAUCAACUUAUUACAGCCACCCUCUGCGCCUGAUGGGGGUAAUAUGUCACCAGCACCAGGAGCGGAAGACGGAUCGCCUACAACGGAGAGUGUUCUGGAUCGGUGGACACAAUUUUUAACAUUCCUUCCCCACCGCUUUUCUGGGACUGAACCCAGACUUUUCAACCUUUGCCUGGGGGCGGUUGCUUCUGCAGCGCUCAGGGACCUAACAACGAACGGAGCAGUCUCAUUUGGAAGCUGGUGGGUUGUGAGAUGUUGGAUAGAUGAAUGGAUGGGAUGGCUCGCAGAACGGGGGGGUUUUCUACGGCAUACUGCCGAGGCGACUGUGCAUAUAAACCGGGUUAACGAGGACCGGGGCUCGAUUGAUGUGGACUUAAUAGACGGGGGCGAUGAAAUGGGUCAUGAUGAUAGCGGGAUAUCUUUGCGUGGGGAGGAGCCACUCAAUAUGCUGGAUGAUGUAGGAGACGAUCGAGACAACAGGAUGGUGCCUGUGAAGUUUGGAAAGUAA